CGCUCCGCGUCGCGCUCGCGCGAACGCAUCGACAUGUCACCUGCCACAUCCACCUCUCGUCGCCGAACUCGCAUGCGACGCGCGGGUGACGUGUAGCGUGGUGUAGCGCGAUGCCCGCGUAGAGUACGCCCGUGCCCGCUCGCGCAGCGCGAUGGAGAACCACGAGGAGGACGAGCUGGAGGAACUCCGCUCCACGGUCUACACGUUCCCGCCGAACGUGCAGAACGUGAUCGAGCAGGUGUUGAACAUCACUGAUCCGUUAGAUCAUCCCAAUUUCAAUGUGGUGGACCAUAUAAACUCGUUGUUUCCCACGGAACAGUCAUUGUCAAAUAUCGACGAAGUGGUGAAUAAAAUAGAAAGGAAGAUACAUACCAUUGAUAAGGAGAUACGGUCGGUCGUACGUGGACAGACAAACGUGGGCCAGGACGGUAGAGCGGCGUUGGAAGAUGCGCAGAAGGUGAUAAAGCAGUUGUUUGUCCAUAUAAAGGACAUAAAGGACAAGGCGGAGCAGUCCGAGGAGGUGGUCAAGGAAAUUACGAGGGACAUCAAGCAGCUGGAUUUUGCCAAGAAGAAUCUUACCGCUUCGAUAACGGCGCUAAACCACUUGCACAUGCUUGUGGAAGGAGUGGACAACCUAAAAGUACUGACGCAAAAGAAACAAUAUGGAGAAAUUAUCUUACCGUUGCAAGCAGUGAUGGAGGUGAUGCAAAAUUUUAAUAGCUACAUGGACAUACCACAAGUGAAGCAGUUAUCUGAUCAGGUACGCCAGAUCCAGGAUGAGUUGGCCCAGCAGAUCACAGCAGAUUUCAAACAGGCCUUUUCAGGCCAGAAUCCAAAGCAUUUCAAUCAGUUGACCGAAGGAUGUUUGGUAUUAUCAGUAUUACAGCCUAAAGUGAAGAAAGAUCUGCUCGUCUGGUUUGUAAAUAUCCAGUUACAAGAGUACGCACAUUUGUUCGAUGAGAAUCAGGAUUUCGCCUGGUUGGACAAGAUAGACCGGAGAUACGCGUGGAUCAAGAAACAUCUGCUCGAUUUCGAGUCGAAGUUCGGUACGAUCUUUCCCCAAGACUGGGAAAUUUCCGAGCGAAUAGCCGUACAAUUCUGCCAUGUCACACGUGAAGACCUCACCAAGUUGAUGAACAGGAGGCGUAAUGAGAUAGACGUUAAAUUAUUGCUUUACGCGAUUCAGAGGACCAGUAAUUUCGAGACGCUACUAUCGAAGCGUUUUAUCGGCAGCACUUUGGAGACUACCGAUACUAAGCACGCGACAGUCAGUAAUGAAGUCAGUAGAGAAGCGGAGAAGGGCCCGGGAAAUCCUUUCGAGGAAGAUGAGAAGAUUGAAAACGAAAAACCGAGGUCGUCUCCAUUCGAAAAGCUAAUAGGAAGAUGUUUCGAGCCAUACCUGUAUAUUUACAUAGAGAGUCUGGAUCGCAAUUUGGCAGAUCUGAUGGACAAGUUCGUGUCCGAUGCUAAAACACAACCGCCGGGUGCUAAGGAAUUCGACGGCAUCGAAGGCCCGAGCAGCGUGUUGAGCUCGUGUGCCGAUUUGUUUGUAUUUUACAAGAAGUGCAUGCUGCAAUGUACGCAACUCAGCACCGGCUUAAUCAUGCAGAGCCUUGCCGAGACUUUUCAAAAGUACCUACGGGAAUACGCAGUUAAGAUCUUGCAGAAUAAUUUACCCAAAAUCGGAAGUGCGGGAAUUGGCACUAGCAUGAGCAAUAUCACACGCGACCUCACGCGAGAUCUUUCAACGUCGGGCUUCAUACAGAAUUUCCAAAGUUUUUUGAAGGAGGGAGAAACCGCCAGAUUUAGCAAAGAGGAGCAAUCUCGUAUAUGUUGUAUUUUGACAACGGCAGACUAUUGUUCAGAAACGACACAGCAAUUAGGGGAGAAACUGCGCGAGAAGACAGAUGAAUGCUGUCGGGAUAAAAUAAAUUUAUCUCAAGAACAGGAUAUUUUCCAUGGCGUGAUUACUAAUUGUAUCCAGUUGCUAGUUCAAGAUCUGGAAGCAGCGUGCGAAUCCGCAUUGACUGCAAUGACUAAAGUGCAAUGGAGUUCUAUGGAAGUCGUGGGCGAUCAGAGUAAUUACGUUAAUACGAUAAUAGCGCAUCUUCGGCAAACAAUACCAACCAUUCGAGAUAGACUAUCUUCUUGUAGAAAAUACUUCAUACAGAUUUGUUCAAAUUUCGCCAGCUCUUUCAUAGCGAAAUUAGUACAGCAAUUAUUUAAGUGCAAGCCAUUAAGUACCGUCGGCGCAGAGCAGCUGUUGUUAGAUGUCCACAUGUUGAAGACGGCCUUGCUGGAUCUUCCAUCGACGGGUUAUCAAGUACAGAGAAAAGCUCCAGUGUCAUAUACCAAAGUUGUGGUCGAAGGUAUGGCAAAAGCUGAAAUGAUAUUGAAGAUUGUAAUGUCCCCAAUUGAAUCUCCCAGUGACUUCGUGAAACAUUGCAACGUACGCUUGCCUCAUUUGAAACUCACAGAAUUUCAAAAAAUUUUGGAUAUGAAGGGAUUGAAAAAGACGGAUCAAACUGUAUUGAGCGAGCAAUUUAAGCAAUCUGAAAACAUGAACGCCACAAACGCUACGAAAAGUCAUGUAGUACAUAACAGCCCGGAACAUGAAGCUGGAAGAAUCAAAAGGCUAGAAAAACUCAUCAUGAAACGAAUCUGAGGAUAUUAAAAAAAGUAAUAUUAAUUGUAUAUAGUUUAAUCUAGGAAUUCACUCUCUUAACCUAAAAAAAAAAAAACUUUCUACAAAAUAAAAGGAGAAAUAUGAGAA